CUGGCCCAGCCUGGAGUCUCUGUGGUAGGAGGCGCCCUCGCCUUGGGCCAGCAGCUGCAGCUUUAGGAGCAGCAACACUGCGCUCCCUGGCGGGUGCCCAGGAACCCUGAGGAUUCUGGGCUCCAGGCUCUGGGCAGCCGCCCGGGAGUCAGGAGACUGCGGGGCAGCAGAGGAGGCGCGGCAGCGGUGGCUCAGGGCACCUCCUCCCUGGCUUGCCAAACCCUGCCAGGUCUGACCCGCGGGGGAGGAUGGAAAUAUCCGCCGCGCUCUGAGCCCCUCAGGAAGAUAACACCCUUCCUGCCAUAUCACCCGAAGUCCUGCUUAGGCCACCGACUCGUCCCCUUCACAUCUCCAGUUUAGAGAGCGGGGCCGAGCGGAAAAGCGAGCGAUGGCGGAAAACCUGAGGAAACUAGUCUCCAGCGAAUCCUUACGAUCGAUGCUGGACAAGCUAGAGCUCUGGCUGAGGGACUACAACAAAAAUUCAUGUGAUCAAAACUUAAAUGUUUGCCUUGAAUUCAUCGAACAAGUUGCCAAAGUGCAAGGACAACUCUUUGGAAUCCUCACUGCAACAGCUCAAGAAGGAGGACGUAAUGAUAGUUUGGAAGUAAUCAAAUCACGCCUUUUGCCUUGGCUGGAGGCCUCCUUUACUUGUGCUUCCCUGGGAAAACCUGUUAGCAGCAAGGCCCCCUUUCCACAGGACACGUUGGAUAAGGAGAAACAGAAAGAGCCUGGUGUUCGGAAUUGGGCUAUACAACAAUUAGUCUCUGAGCUGAACACAUCUCCUAAUCAAGUCAAUCAGGGUCAAGACGAUCUGGCUGAAACUGAAAAGACUCUUGAAGAAACCAAGGACAGAUCGUCCAUGUCCCUUUUGGCUGCAGAGGAGGAAAUAAAUCAGCUGAGAAAUCAGCUUAAAACUCUUCAAGCCCAUGAGGAGGCCCGCAACAGGAACUCAGAGCUAAGAGGCUCCGCGCGUAAGACCUUGGAGCCUACGCGCUCGGAGCAGAGGGGCACGGAGCCUAGGGUCCCAGAUCAGAGAAGCUUGGAGCCUACGCGCUCGGAACAGAGGGCCUUGGAGCCUAGGGUCCCGGAUCAGAGAAGCUUGGAGCCUACGCGCUCGGAACAGAGGGCCUUGGAGCCUAGGGUCCCGGAUCAGAGAAGCUUGGAGCCUACGCGCUCGGAGCAGAGAAGCUGGGAGUACAGAAGCCCCGAGCCUAGGCGCUGGGAGCAGAGGAGAUCCGAGCGGCGGGCCUCCGACAAGCGCGGCGCUGAAAAGCCCAGCGCAGAAGUGAUAUGCAAUUAUGAGAAACAGAUCCGAACGCUGAAGGACGAGAUCGCUGCUCUGUGUGCUGAAAAAUCUGCACUCCAAGGAAGGUUUGCCAGGAGCCGUUCUCCUAGCCCUGCCUCUCGCGGCCGCAGCCGCAGCCGCAGCCGCAGCCACAGCCGCAGCCACAGCCGCAGCCGCAGUCCCAGACACAGCCGGGCAGGCAGCCCCUCCACCGCAAUGGUGAAGAUCAGGACCCCGUCUCCGAGUCGCGCCCGACUAUCCAGUGCAGCGCGCAGGGCUGCCCUCCUGUCGCGGUUUAACAAUGCGUAUUCCCAGGCCCGCCUGGAUGCCCAGUGCCUGUUGCGGCGCUGCAUUGACGAAGCCGAGACGGUGCAGCGUAUCAUUUACAUCGCCACAGUGGAGGCAUUUCAUAUAGCUAAAAUGGCAUUCAGACAUUUCAAGACCCGUGUGAAGAAAUCGUUGACACCGUCUUAUGCGGGGACGAAUGACUGUGAGGAUGCUGUUUUGGAUUAUAUCCUUUGUCAUCUUGAUCUAUAUGAUUCCCAAAGCAGUGUAAACGAUGUGAUCCGAGCCAUGAAUAUCAACCCCAAGAUUUCAUUACCUCAGGAAGUUGACUUUUGCAUCCUCAGUAACUUCAUCCAGGAGAUAUGCUGCAUUGCCUUUGCAAUGCAGACUUUAGAGCCACCCUUAGAUAUUGCAUUUGGGGCCGAUGGAGAGGUUUUUAAUGAUUCCAUGUACCGUCGCAGCUAUGACUCCGAUUUCACUGCCCCCUUGGUCUUCUAUCAUGUGUGGCCUGCGCUCAUGGAGAAUGACACUGUCAUCAUGAAGGGAGAGGCUGUCACCAAGAGAGGGGCUUUUUGGAAUUCGAUGAGGUCCGUAAGUCGAAGUCGAAGCAGGAGUUUAAGUCCCGUCUGCCUCCGUAGCCAUAUUGGUUUAAGCACGAUAUCUCAAAGCCGAAGUCCUUCUCCAGUAAGAUAUGGAUUGCCAAGGUUUUAAAACCACCAGAUAUGUUCCUUUGCCGCGGCACAUUUGCAACAGCCAACCUCCCCAGCGCCUCCAUCUGCCUGCAGUGUCUGCCUCAGACCUCACUUAAGAUAAUGUGAAAAGGCAAUUCUGUGUAUCACUCCACAAAUAGAGUUAAAUGUUUUGGCAUAGCGCAUUUGUAACUUCAGCUAUUUUGCAUUUUAUUUCAUUUUAUAGAUACAAAUUCCAUUAAUUUGAUAAAAACUCUUGCCCAGGUGUUUAGGAUCAUAUUCAUUUGAAGCAGAGUCCAUUACACGGGUUCAGGAUUUUCAUCCUGAAGUACUAGGCCCUUUUCUAGGAACUAUAUGAACAAAAAAAGAAAACCUUUACCAUACUGAGUCCAAAAGACAACAGGAGUCAUUUUAGUUUAUAAAUUGAUCACAAGUAUUAUAAUUGCUGGUAUUAGCUUUAACUUGAAAACAAUAUUGCUGUUUUCAUUUUCUCUUAAGUUUGGGAAGACAGCCCUAAUCUCAGGUUGGGGAACUCCUAGCAGUCACAUUGACUUCAGGCUAAAUGUAGAUGGUGAUGAUUUAAGAGACUGUAGUUCAUAGCCUUGGCUCUCUUUUUCCACUUUGAGUACCCAGUUUGGUUUAACUGAGUGCUGUAUG